AAAGCCCCCCACAACUCCUGUCCGGUCCCUACUCCGACUCUCCUUCUCUCCCGAGAACGAAUCCCGCCCGGCUCCGGUAAUACCUUGGUGCCUGCUCCGACCACCGUUGCUUCCAGUCGUCCACCUUCUGCUUCCUCCUACUUCUUUGAGCUGCCAAUUGUCCAGUCUCCAGAGAAAAAAGUGGCUUAGGGUAGCUCUGGACUUCACACAAGUCACAACAGAGGUACACUUGAACCCAUUUAUUCAAGUCAAGCACAAACAGCAGUGCUGAUACUACUGAUUUGUCAUGAAAGAUUUCAAACGAAAAGAAUGAUUCUUGACUGAGACUGGAAUUGAAUUGCAUGUUUGUUGCCUGUUGAAAUAUAAGUCUUGGGUACCUUAGGCUGACCAAUUGAGCAAUCACAGCCAGUCGAAAGGGUAUGGAAGAAGAAACUAAAACACAAAUUACCAUGGAGCCAGUUGAUUUGGAGAAGACCACGAUGAUGCUAGAGCCAGAGAAAGGAGGAGGUGGUGGAUUAUUUAUCCCUGGAAAGGAUAGGAUGAUGUUCAAAGCUCCUGAAAGGAAAUCUCUUCUAGGACUAGACAUCCUUGCGAGUGAAAAACGAAGUGGAUCCAAUGUAGAUGGUGUGUUCAAGGUUCCAAGAGUUGCCUCAAUGGCAUUAUCAACUGAAGAAGAGGAGUACACUCCAUCUACCAUCUCAGAUAUCAGCAUUGCUAGUAAUGCACAUAAUGCUACUGGAAGGAAAUAUCGAGAAUCUACAAAGCGAGCAUCCAUAUCAGAUAGUCCUUCCAUUGAAAGUGAAGUUGUUGAUACUCCUGUUUCCCACCGUAAUUCAAACGCAUACAACACUUUUGAGAAGACUAGAGCUUCACCAGUUCGAAAAUCAUCUGGAACCAGGGAUCCUAGGGAUGAUUCAGAUGACCAAAUACGUAAUGAAGAGGAAAGGCACAGAGACCGACGGGAUCGGGACCGAAGGGAUGAGAAAGUCUGGGAUAGAAGGGACUACAAAGAUUGGGAAAGGAGGGAUGAUAGAGUUCGUGAUAGAAGUAAUGACAGAUAUCAGGUUAAAAGUGAUCGUGACAGGAAGGACGAUAGAGAUCGUGACAGGAGAGACGAAAGACAUGGGAACCGAAGGGAUGAGAGAGAUUGGGGACAUGCAAGAAAGUAUAGCAGAGAGGAAGGUUCAAGGAGGACACCUGUUAGAUCUGAUUGGGAUGAUGGAAGGUGGGAAUGGGAAGAUACACCACAUCGGGAUACUCAAUCAAAUGGAAGCAGGUCACAUCAUUCUUCACCAGCUCCAAUGUUAAUUGGGGUAUCUCCUGAUGCACGAUUAGUUUCUCCUUGGAUGGGUGGCAAUACUCCCCAUUUUGCUUCACCUUGGGACACCAUAUCACCAUCACCUGUUCCUGUACGAGCAUCUGGAUCCUCUGUCAGAUCAUCUAAUUCUCGAUCCAUUGGAAGGGGUCACAAGCAUACAUUUUCUGUCGAAAGAUCUCAUCUGUCUGAGGACAGAGAAGUUGAAAGAGGCAAUGAAGUGGAAGUUGAUGCUGAGAUCACUGAGAGUAUGAGGCUUGAGAUGGAGUACAAUUCUGAUCGUGCAUGGUAUGAUAGAGAAGAAGGUAAUACCACAUUUGAUGCAGAUACCUCGUCUGUUUUUCUGGGCGAUGAGUCUUCUUUCCAGAAAAAGGAGGCUGAGCUGGCUAAACGACUGGUUAGAAGAGAUGGAACAAAUAUGAGUCUAGCGCAGAGCAAGAAGCUAUCACAGCUAACUGCUGACAACGCUCAGUGGGAGGAUAGACAACUUUUGAGAUCUGGUGCUGUUAGAGGAACUGAAGUGCAGACAGAAUUUGACAAUGAAGAAGAAAAGAAAGUAAUUCUACUUGUACAUGAUACAAAGCCCCCUUUUCUGGAUGGGAGGAUUGUAUUCACCAAGCAAGCAGAGCCAAUAAUGCCAAUUAAAGAUCCCACUUCAGACAUGGCAAUAAUUUCUAGAAAAGGUUCAACUCUUGUCCGAGAGAUACGUGAGAAGCAAAGUAUGAAUAAAUCUCGGCAGCGCUUUUGGGAGCUUGCUGGGUCAAAACUAGGUGACAUACUUGGUGUUGAGAAGACAGCAGACCAGGUUGAUGCAGAUACUGCUGUAGUAGGUGAAGAAGGUGAAGUGGAUUUCAAGGAAGAAGCCAAAUUCGCUCAGCAUUUGAAAAAGGGGGUUGAAGCUGUGAGCGAUUUUGCUAAGUCAAAAACUCUUUCUCAACAGCGGCAAUACCUUCCUAUAUUUUCUGUUCGAGAUGAGUUAUUACAGGUGAUCCGUGAGAAUCAGGUGGCCGUUGUUGUUGGUGAAACAGGAUCCGGAAAGACAACCCAGCUUACCCAGUAUCUGCAUGAAGAUGGUUACACAAACUAUGGAAUUGUUGGUUGCACUCAACCUAGGCGUGUAGCUGCUAUGAGUGUUGCCAAGCGAGUCAGUGAAGAGAUGGAGACUGAACUGGGUAAUCUAGUUGGAUAUGCCAUUAGAUUUGAGGAUGUGACUGGUCCAAACACUGUGAUCAAGUACAUGACUGAUGGGGUUCUCCUCCGAGAGACUUUGAAAGAUUCCGAUCUCGACAAGUAUAGUGUUGUUGUGAUGGAUGAAGCACAUGAGAGGUCGCUAAACACAGAUGUCCUCUUUGGCAUUCUGAAGAAAGUCGUCGCAAGGCGUCGGGAUUUUAAGCUUAUUGUCACAUCUGCAACACUAAAUGCUCAGAAGUUCUCAAAUUUCUUUGGAAGCGUCCCAAUUUUUCACAUCCCAGGAAGAACAUUCCCCGUAAACACCUUAUACAGUAAAACACCAUGCGAAGAUUACGUCGAAGCGGCAGUAAAACAAGUCAUGACCAUACACAUUACCAGCCCCGCUGGAGACAUACUCAUAUUCAUGACAGGCCAAGAUGAGAUUGAAGCAACCUGUUACGCCCUCACAGAGCGAAUGGAACAGCUGGCUUCAUCAUCCAAACAAGAUGUCCCAAAACUACUCAUACUCCCCAUCUAUUCCCAACUCCCAGCCGACUUACAAGCAAAAAUCUUCGAAAAAGCUGAAGAAGGAGCUCGAAAAUGCAUAGUUGCAACCAACAUUGCCGAAACAUCACUAACCGUAGACGGUAUCUAUUACGUAAUUGAUACAGGUUACGGAAAAAUGAAGGUUUACAAUCCCCGAAUGGGAAUGGACGCACUACAAGUCUUCCCGAUAAGCAAAGCUGCAGCUGAUCAACGAGCUGGUCGUGCAGGUAGAACAGGUCCUGGGACUUGCUAUCGUCUCUACACAGAAAACGCGUAUCUAAACGAGAUGUUGCCUAGUCCUGUUCCCGAGAUUCAAAGAACAAAUCUUGGGAAUGUCGUUUUACUUCUAAAAUCGUUGAAGAUUGAAAAUCUAUUAGAUUUCGACUUCAUGGAUCCCCCUCCUCAAGAGAAUAUUCUCAACUCGAUGUACCAGUUAUGGGUUCUAGCCGCACUUAAUAAUGUCGGAGGACUAACCGAUCUUGGAUGGAAAAUGGUUGAGUUCCCGUUAGAUCCACCGCUAGCGAAAAUGCUAUUGAUGGGCGAACAACUCGAAUGCUUAAACGAGGUUCUAACCGUGGUUUCCAUGCUUUCGGUCCCAUCGGUUUUCUUCCGACCAAAAGACCGAGCCGAAGAGAGCGACGCUGCUAGGGAAAAGUUCUUUGUCCCGGAAUCAGACCACUUAACGUUGCUAAACGUUUACCAACAAUGGAAAUCGAAUCAAUACAGAGGAGAUUGGUGUAAUGACCAUUAUCUUCACGUGAAAGGUUUACGUAAAGCUAGGGAAGUGAGGUCCCAACUUCUGGACAUUCUAAAAACAUUGAAAAUCCCGUUAACUUCGUGUGGGCCCGAUUGGGAUAUCGUGAGGAAAGCGAUAUGUUCGGCUUACUUUCAUAACGCGGCCAGGCUUAAAGGUGUCGGGGAAUACGUUAACUGCCGGAAUGGGAUGCCUUGCCAUUUGCAUCCGAGCAGUGCGCUUUACGGGCUGGGUUAUACGCCUGAUUACGUUGUUUACCACGAGUUGAUAUUGACUACGAAGGAGUAUAUGCAGUGUGCAACCGCGGUUGAGGCUCAUUGGCUGGCAGAGCAAGGGCCAAUGUUUUUCUCGGUUAAGGAUUCGGAUACUUCGAUGUUGGAGCAUAAGAAGAAGCAGAAAGAGGAGAAAACUGCCAUGGAAGAGGAGAUGGAGAAUUUGAGGAAGGUUCAAGUUGAGGAAGAGAGGAAGGGGAUGGAGAAGGAGAAGGCGAAGAGGGAAAAGCAACAGCAGAGGGUUUCUAUGCCUGGUUUGAAGCAAGGUUCUUCAACUUACUUGAGGCCUAAGAAAUUUGGAUUGUGAAUUUUUCUUAUGAAAUAACAAAGUUUAGUUCACGAAUGUAUGCAUGCAAAAUCAAGGCAAAGAAAUUGUGUAUUAUUAUUAUGAUGUAUUCUUCUGUUCUGUAAUCUGUGCCAAGUUGCAGCAUAAACCAAAAUUGUAACUUCAUAUGGAAAGGAAUAAUGUCCUUUGUUUC